GCCUCGCCAUGGGAUCAUGGGAUCUAGGUACGAGAUUGGACUUUUAUGUUGACUCACGAUGUCUCACGAUACAAUAUGGCAGCAGCAAUCGAGGAAACCUGCGGUCUUUCCUUCCCAAUAGUAGUGAAAUACGCAUAAAUGAUUGGCUCACGACCCAUCAGAACGAGGCUAGCGUAACUUAUCACUGACCUGCUGUACACUGGACAACAGUAUUUUGUCUGUCGUUACACGAGGGCGCCGUAUUAUGCGAGGUUGCUAAGAGACAUUGCUGGCACAUUUGACUCAAACAUUACGUAAACUGGAAUCAAAUAUCAUAUUCCUAUUGUCGAAACAGCUGUCUCAUUUCGCGCAUUCAUUUCUUAGACAAACAUAUGCUCACUAGACUGUUUUAUCGAGCCAAAUUCUGAGACAUAAUUGGUAUGAUAUAGCAAAUUGAAGUAUUUCUGACAUCGAGAGAGAGUUCACUUUGGUUGUUUGGAAAUCGGUGUUGCAACUUUCGGAAACCGCAAAGACGACGCCGACUGCGGGUAUCAUUAAAAGGGUUUUCUAAAUUAUUAUUGAAAUUUACAAGCUAUUUACAGUUGCCUGUUUUGUGCUACGUUUUAAACUGCGAAAGUAGAAAGAUGAUCAAAACCCAUGCCCUGGUUUGAACAGGCAUUGACGAUGUAAAGACGAGAAAGACAUUUUUGGCGUGAAUAAAGAUAAGUAGUCCUCUUGAAAUAACCGUCUUCGGUAUACGAUUAACUUUGUUUUGUAUUUCAACAACACAAAGUUGUAUCUAAGAUCUUUCGCGGGAGGGAAACACAGGCGUGAGAGCAUCUCGAGGGGGAAAACGUUAAAACAACAAUUGUACAAAUCACGCACAAAUAUUGUAGGCUCGCCCUCAAAGUUAAUCCUCAACACGGAUUAAAGUUCAGAUAUUGGCCACAGUGUGGAAUUGCAUCUCGUGAGAGUUCGGGAUAGAAAAAUUCGAUUAUCGUACGCCAUAUCAUUGCAGGACAGUCAGGACAGGUCUGUACAACGCGUCGCCGGGAACAUCGCGUGUCUUGUACAGACACAUGCGGAGCUGAAACCGAGCCACCGGUUAUAUUUUCGUAAGAGUAAAGAAACCCAAACAAAAAGCACACAUAAUUACUGUCGUUAGGCAACUUCAAGUGGGAAUCCAUUAAAACGAAUGGAAUUUUAGACAAGCAAUACUAGAAGAAGGUAUAUCGUGGAGUUAUAGUUACAUAUUAAACUACGGGAAUUUCUUCUACUUGAAAUUGGAAAAUUCUAAGGAAUUACAGACAUCAGUUUCUACAGACGUAUUCGCAAACUACACGUAGUGGCCGGAUCAUUGCGGGAGUCAUUAAUACAGCACAAAGACAGGGAUUUGUAUCAAAGGAUAGAUGACGCAGAAAAAUUUGCUGGAAAAAUAAAGGAUAUAUCUUCAUAUAAACUGUCUUUACUAAUAUACAUCGCGUUUAUAUAGAGUACACAAAUUGACCGGGUACUCAGAGCAGAUCUUUCAUCGUUGGACUUUCAAACAAACACUGCCGGUGAUAUUUAUAUACAAAUAUACUGAAAGAAUCGCUAGUUCCUCCUGUUUAUAACUAUUCAAUAUUGAACUCCCAAUAAACAUAUUGAAUAGUUCAAAAUUGUUUUAUAUCUUGUUCACAUUUGAAGCGACAUUUCACCAACAGUAAAGAAAAACUUGUCCAGCUUUUGAUAAAAUUCGAAAAAUGCCUGCAUCGACUCGACGCGUUCAGGUCGCUCCGGCUCAGAAUGGCGCCGAACGGUCUCACAAGGAACCGUCCCAUCCCAGACACGAGUUGCGCACAUCUCGUUGCGUCAAAUACACGAUGUUUUUUAAAAACAUGUUCUUUCUGUUGUGUGGCGUUUUCGUCGGCGCUAUCGGAAUAAUCGCCCUUCAAGAAAAGGGGAAACUCCACGGGCAGUUCGACGGUCUUUUCCUUGACCCGGCUGCCAUCAUGCUCAGCGUGGGUAUUGUGAUAUUCGUCGUGUCCUUUUGCGGGGCUCUGGGGGCAUUGCGAGAAAACAAAUGCCUCCUGAGGUUCUUCUAUGCAUGUCUGAUACUCAUCAUUCUGCUUCAACUGUCCAUUGGCCUUGCCGCCUACUUCGCGAAGAACACGAUUAAAGGAAAAAUCGACAACGUUUUCCAAAAAGCGAUCGUCGAAUAUCAGGACGACCCGGAUUUGCAGUCCCUAAUCGACUACAUACAAUUUGAGUUGAAGUGUUGUGGUUCCACAGAACCAAAGGAUUGGAACUCGAACCCUUACUUCAAAUGCAACAACGAAAGCAUAUCGGGUACCAGUGACAUCGGCAGCGCAUGUUCUGUGCCUCAUUCCUGCUGCAGUACGGAUAAGCUAAAUAGGAUGUGCGGAUUCGGGGUGUUUACAAAAAAAGGUGAAAUCGAGGGACGCGAGAAGAAAAUUUACACCACUGGCUGUCUGGAAGCGUUGGAAACUUGGUUUAAGGAUCAUGUCAUGUACGCUGGGAUUGUUUGCGGGGUCCUGCUGGUGUUGCAAGCGAUCUCGGUCAAGCUUGCGUUCCGGAUGAUUUCGGAUAUUGAUGAGAUCAUUAAGUACCGCGACAGAUAAUGAUGAUAUUAUGAUGUAAAUAGUUAGCGCAGGUAUUUGUGUGACUGACCAAUGGGGUUACUGUACGACAUCAUAGGAACAUUGGGGGUAUUGAGGAUUAUGGUUAACAGCAUGUAUUUACUUGUAUGUGGUAGCAAAUGUAGAUGGAAUAUUUCAUUAUUUUCCAAUUCCAUGUGAAAUACAUAGGUAUCAAAGUGUUGCCCUCCAAAUUUACUAAAAAAUUCCCAUGUAUUAUACGUUCCCUAUAGAGAAUGUUAUAUAGAGCAAUAUGUAUUCAAUAGCAGGGCUAUAUUAUAAACUACCAUAUAUUUUGUCAGUGUUUUUUAGGCUUUUAAUAACCUAUGUUUAGGAAGCUUAUGCUGGAUCAGCAGCAGAUGUUAGCCUAUAUAAAUGAAAUUAUGCAUUUGUAUAACUAGAGUUCAUAAUAUAUUUUGUAUUUUCAUAUGUAUGUAUAGUAUAAAAUUAUCUAGAUUAAAAUGUGAUUAUGGA